CCAGACAGCGACGCGGGGCUCUCAGAAGUUAUCACUGUAUCUAUAGAUAUCAGAUACAUACAUAUAGAUAUAUAUAUAUAUAUAGAGAGAGAGAGAGAGAGAAGAAUUUUAGAGAGAGAAAGUGUCUUGAACAAAACUCUCUCCCUCUUGUUUGUCCCCCAUUUUCCCGUCACACAUCCCAUUUUCGCUUUCGCCGGCCAAUCUCUGCAAUUGGAAGCGCUAUUAUUGUUUCAAAAUUCUCUGUAUCGUUCUGUUUCAUUUCUCAAAAUCUUAUCCCAACAGGCUACUUCAAUGUUUCAGAUUUCCUUGCUUUUUGUCAGCCAAUCAGUCUACUGGGCAUUAAUUGCACUUUAAAUUUGAUUCUUGUAGUAUUUGAAUCUUGUCAUCAUCAACCGAUAUUGCUUUGAUUUGGAAGGAUAUUGCUUUGAUUUGGAAGUGGGGAAAACGGAUUAUAUAGGUGCCUUUUUGUGUCAUUUCCAAUGUUGGAGGCCGAUAGGCAAGUAAUUAAACCCGAGCUUUCUCUGGGUUCUCAGAUGAUGAAGUCCUAUAUAUGGCUUGAAACUGCUGAUGGUUCAAUCCAACAAGUAGAACAAGAGGUUGCCAUGUUUUGCCCAAUGAUAUGUCAUGAAAUACACACAGGCAUGGGAUCUUCAAAGAAUUACCCUAUAUCUCUUCCACCUCGAGUCAGUCCAUCUACGUUGAGCUUAAUUCUUGAUUACUGCCGAUUUCAUCAAGUACCAGGUCGCUCUAACAAGGAACGGAAGUCUUUUGAUGAGAAGUUUAUUCGAAUGGACACAAAAAGGCUUUGUGAGUUAACAUCUGCAGCUGACAGCCUCCAAUUGAAGCCCUUAGUUGAUCUCACCAGCCGUGCUCUAGCACGUAUGAUUGAAGGGAAAACCCCCGAGGAGAUACGUGACACAUUUCAUUUGCCUGAUGACCUUACAGAGGAAGAGAAACUUGAGCCUUUAAAAAACAUGACUGAUGAUCCACGAAUUCGGCUUUUGAAUAGACUCUAUGCAAAAAAGAGGAAAGAACUAAAAGAAAGAGAGAGAUUGAAGAAUGUUGAGGUCGAAGAGGAACGAGUGGAUUAUCGUUCAGUUGAUGAUCUGUUGUCAUUUAUUAAUGGAGGAAAUGGAGGUAUCUUGGACUCGAAGGGGGUCAAAGCUUCUAAAAAUAAAAAGAAGAAUCGGAGAAGAAAAGACCAACAAAAGAAUGCUUCUUCUAACUGCAGUGCUGUUUCAAAUGAUGCCUCUUCUUCAAACAAUACCAUUGGAACCCAUAAGAAGGAAUCUAAUGGUUUUGAUUCCUUAUGCCAUAAUGCUAAGAUUUGUGAUCAUGUUCUCCCUAAUAUUGGUGAGAUGUUAAAGUUACAAGAUGUUGAAGAUGACAGUUUUGCACCUGAAGAUGAGUUUGAUGAUGCUGAUAUAGAUGAUGAGAUAGAUCCUGCAAUGAAAGAAAGAAUUGAUAGGGAGGUGGAGGAUUUUGCCCGAAGACUGAAUUCAGACUGGCCUGAAAGAAUGCAAGAGAUUUUGUCAUUAGGCCAAGAAAGGAGACCUGUACCAAUAUCUAUUAAUGGCAAUGGUUCCUUGAAGAUAUAUGAAAGAGUAGACCAUGGCAAAAAGUAAUCCUUCAAAUGUAGAGAGGACUUUCUCAGAAUGGCCAAUGGAUGGUUACGAUUUUGACCACUGUGCUGACAUCUUUGAGUUGGUAAUGCUGGUGGCGUAGACCCACAUGUAAACUAGUGAGCCUCAUUUUAUUUAUUUAUUUAUUUUUAUUUUGAUGUUUGUGCCUAGUUAUUGAAAUGAAAUUUUGGUUGUAGGGUUUGAUGAUUUCUUGUAUUCUAACAGGGAAGGAAAAUAAAAAAAGAAAAAAAGGAAAUUUGUUUGUAUGAGUCAAAUCUGCUCAUUUGUCAUCAA